AUGGCGGCUCAGACUGUAAUCACUAACUAUCCCGCCGAUGAUGAUAUCGCGGUCAAACCGAAGUCUUCAUGGAAAAGCUACCUUUGGGAUACAUUUGAUCUUCCAAAAGAGGAACGUUGGCUCCUGUUCAAGCUCGAUGCGUGUGUGCUUACAUUUUCAUCAAUUGGCUACUUUCUCAAGUAUCUCGACUUGAACAAUGUUACAAACGCGUAUCUCAGUGGUAUGGAGGAGGAUCUAAAAAUGUAUGGAAACCAGCUAGUCACCAGUACCACGGUAUUCACUGUUGGCUACGUGAUCGGUCAAGUCCCAUUCAACCUGCUGUUGACCCGAGUUUCACCCCGCUGGGUCAUUCCUUCUCUCGAGGUGGGUUGGGGAAUGGCAGUCAUUUGCAUGUCCAGUGUAAAAUCAUACCAGGCUCUAUAUGCUCUGCGCUUUUUAGUGGGUAUAUUCGAAUCUGGCUUCUACCCUGGUAUACACUACAUGCUGGGAUCCUGGUACAAACCUUCGGAGAUUGGCAAGCGGGCAAUGAUCUUUUGGAUAGCUGGAUCGAUCGGUCAAUUGUUUAGUGGGUUUUUACAGUCAGCCGCUUAUACGAAUCUUGAUGGAGUAUACGGACGCGCAGGUUGGAGAUGGCUUUUUAUCAUCGAUGGCAUUAUCACGUUUCCACUAGCAGUGGCUGGAUACCUUUUCUUUCCAAACCUUCCACACAGCGGAAUAAAGACAUGGUAUAUCACCGAAGAAGAACAGGAAAUCUCAAUCCAGAGGAUGAAGUCCAUUGGACGAGCAGGCAAGGCGCCUUGGACCGCAGCUAAGGUAAAAUCACUACUGACAAGCUGGCAUACAUACAUUUUACCUCUAUUAUACGUUGUAUGGAACAAUGGCGUGCCCCAGCAGGCUAUGGGUUAUUGGCUGAAGAGCUUCAAUGCAAAUCCACCACCAGUGCCAGGAACUCAUUUCUCUAUACCAGAGAUCAACAAUUUACCCAAUAUAACACUCGGUAUCUUCAUUGUGAUGGCCUUGAUCUGGGGUUGGCUUUCUGACGGAGUGUGUCGUGGUGCUCGAUGGCCAUUUAUCUAUAUUGGCGCGGUUAUAACUUUGUUAUUCUCCAUCCUCCUACGCCAAAUGCCACUGUAUGAAAACGUGCAUAGUCGUAUGGUCGUGUUUUGGCUUAGCAAUAUCGGAGGUGGAGCAGGUCCACUAAUCCUUACCUGGAUAAAUGAGAUUUGCACUGCCGACACAGAAAAAAGAGCAUUCACUGUGGCACUGGCUAAUGAUAUGGCCUAUGUCGUACAGGCUAUUGCUCCCAAUUUUGUUUGGAAGACUACAGAUUUUCCUGCUGCAAAAAAGGGAUACCUUUGGUCAAUUAUCCUUCAAAUUUUACUGAUUUCUGUGACCGCUAUUAUUCAAUUUCUUCUCUGGCUUGACUCGAGAAAGAUAUCGUUGAAUCUUAAGGGGAAUUCUUCUGAGGCAGAUUCUGAGGAUCUAGUUCCGAACCUGUCGAAAGAACCGGAAGUCCAGGGCAAAGGAGUGACUGGUACAUCACGAGCGGUGCCAGAUUUUGAGAAUCAAGUUUGA